AUGGCACACAACCACAACCCGCCAACUCUACAGAACUCGACGGAUAGUAAUAACCCUCCUAUUUACUCACCAUCAGAAUUUCCUAUCACCCAAGUCGAUGUUAACAGCUUUGCGACUAAUCAACCUACCGACAAAACGCAGUACAGUACUCUGGUAGCUACCCAGGCCGACAUUAAAAACAUUGCGACUGAUCAGCCUGUCGACAGAACGCAAUACGUGAUUGCCAACCAAAGCACUCCGAUAGUAUACGUUGAUCCAAAUGGUAAUCCGACAAUAAACAAUCCCGUACUAUAUACGACGGUUGCUGGAAAUGGUAUUCCAGUAAUUUCCGUAAAUAACCCAAUUGCUACCGGUGUGUCUCCUCCAUCGUCACCACCAAGGACUAGAUUUCGCAUGACGACGGAAACCUAUAUUGUAAUAGCUGCGUUAAUAUUUGCUCUGUUGGGCGUUAUAAUGUGGAUAGCGUCGAAACCAUCAUACAACGGUUGUGCUGAUAAUUGUCUUAAAAAAUACCCCCUCAAUUAUUUCACCGCUUCUCUUCAUCGUAUUCGUGACUAUGGAAAUUGUCUUGAUAAAUGCAAAAAGUCAUAUAAUGCAAUUAAAUAUACUGGCAUCGCCUUUUUGAUUGUUGGCGUAGUUACGUUCUUGGCCGAUAAAAUUUACGUAUCACGACUGGUACCGCAUCAACAGCAAAAUCAACA